ACCAUCGAAAAAUAUUUUUUGAAAAGUUCUGAAAACAACACAAAGCGUUUUGAACUUGUCAUGCGCCCCAGCAUAUUUUAUUUUAAUCUUAAUAUACAACAACAAAAUGACCGUCACUAUAUAUUGUAGUGUUUCACUCUUUAAGCACAUCAAAAAUACAAGCUGUACCAGGAUAUGACGUGAUGUUAUUACGUUCCGAAAGUGACCCAUCAUCCAAAGAAAAGCAGCUAAGUGACCAUGGACACCCUGUCCAGCCACAGCUCCUACCUCCUGCAGCAGCUCCAAGAGCAGAGAAUUCAAGGGCUGCUGUGUGACUGCAUGCUGGUGGUCAAAGGCGUCUGUUUCAAAGCACAUAAAAAUGUCCUGGCAGCCUUCAGCUCCUAUUUCAGAUCUUUGUUUCAAAACUGCCCCAGUCAGAAGAAUGAAGUGUUUAACUUGGUUAUCCAGGAUGUCAGCGGCAUUGGCCAAAUAUUGGACUACAUGUAUACCUCCCAUCUCGACAUCAACCAAGACAAUGUGCAAGCUCUACUAGACAUUGCUCAGUGUUUGCAGGUUCCAAAUGUACAGAGCUUAUGUAAUGCAUUUCUGAAGCCUUGUCCACCACCAGUAGAAAUCCCAUCAUUUCCUCUCCCAGGCAUGCUGAGCACAGAGCACGACUGCCUUCUGGGGAGCAGCCUUCCUCAUGAAGUUGACCUGCACUGUCCAUCUGAAGCCCAGAGGACCAGCUUCAGCAAUGACUUGGACCACACCAAAAGACAGCAGGUUUCUGUGCCUAAUAGCAACGCAAACUGUGACACAGCCAACAAUACCCAAGCACCAGUAGAAAAACUAGUCCAUGGCUACAAGCUUCGAAACUUCUACAGCAAGCAAUAUUUUAAACAAAGUGCUAUCCAGUCUAAUACCACAGUCUCUACUCAAGGUCCAGGCCCUUUGGUGAUGGCAGAAGUGCAGCAGUGUCCGCCUGGGGUUCAGCAGUUAGGCAGCCACACAACAGUGUGCUCAGGGAACUCAGUUCAGCCCAACCCUCCUUCCAUGCCUGCGGCAGAAGAAAAGAACCCUGUUUCCUCUUUAACGCCAUCUGAAAAUUUAAACACUUCCAAUUCUGACACAACAGAGUCCCUGCUCAACAUACCAGUACGUCCAAAGAAGACUGUGUAUUUGAAAAAGUACAACUAUCUGAGGUCUCAGAAGGCUCUGGAGGAGAUGUGUGCUGAGUCAGUCAGCGAACCUGUCCUCAGCUGUCCCAAAGAAAGUCAUCAAGAAGAUCCAGUGAUCCAGACUGAAGCCCCAGAAGCUCCCGUUGAGGAGGUUACCAUAACCAGGGAAGAGGUUUCCGAGACAGCAAAUGAUGCACAACUUCCCAGCCCUCUACCGGAGAACCAAGAGGAUCAAAGUCUGAAGAAUGUGUCUGAGCCACCACAGCGUACAGGACACAAGCAGUAUUGUUGUGAGGUGUGUGGGAAGAUAUUCAAACACCCAAGCAACCUGGAGCUGCACAAGCGCUCACAUACUGGUGAGAAACCCUUUCAGUGUAAUGUUUGUGGGAGAAACUUCUCACAGGCUGGAAAUUUACAGACACACUUGCGGCGUCACUCAGGAGAAAAACCAUACAUUUGUGAGCUAUGUGGUAAAGGUUUUACAGCGUCAGGGGAUGUUCAGCGUCACAAAGUGGUCCACACAGGAGAAAAGCCACAUCUGUGUGAUAUAUGUGGUCGAGGAUUUAACAACUUGAGCAACCUGAGGGAGCAUAAGAGGACUCAUGUCACAGACAAGACAUUCACCUGUGACCAGUGUGGCAAAUCCUUCAACACACACAGAAAACUUCUGAAGCACAAGGCCCGGCACGCUGGAGAAAAACCACACAGCUGUGCCACCUGUGGGAAAUCUUUCAAUGGCUCAGGGGACCUGCAGCGUCAUAUAAGGUCUCACACUGGCGACAAACCCUACAUCUGUAACGCCUGCGGAAAGAGUUUCACCCGCUGUGCAAUGCUCAGGAGACACAGCAAUAUGCACUGCAAGGGGGCUCCAGCCAGCAGCCCAGUCAGCGAUAACUCUGAACAGGCACGUGGCUCAGAUGACCCUGCUUCAUUCCCUAGACCUCACGGCCUCAAUAAAGCUGCUGUCUCCACCGGUGAGCAGCGUUUCUCCACUAUUUUGGCCCACACAGGGUUAGAGAAAGCUGCACCGCGUCCUCCUUCUGCACCACAACCAACGCCACAUACAGAGGCGGCUUCUUCCAGCAUGCAUCUUAGCCCAGCUUCUACCCCCACCCCCCUUCCAGAGCUGCGCACUCUAGUCCCCCAUCACCUCCUCUCCUCAAACCACCAGGAGACCAGUACAGCCCUGACGGUCUCAGACCACGUGAAGCUAGCCAAGCCCCAGCUGUCUAUUGAGUCUGUUUAUGGACCGUAUGUGGACAAUGGAAGCAUGUCAGUGGAGGUGAGCAGAGGUGUGGUGGGAAGGCCCUUUUUGCCUCCAACAGAUAAUAACUGCAGUUCGCUCACAAGCUCUAGCAGACCCAGCAGUGGCUCCUACAGGCCUGCUGAGGGCCCGGUAAUCUCCAGCGUAACACUUUGGGGUCUGGCCAUGAAAACUCUGCAAAGUGACAAUGACACAGAGCCGUAACCUAGAAUACAACUGCACUAUACACUGUGGGUUUUAAAUGUAAACACUUGGCUCACCAUUUGUUUAAACUAACCUGUAUUUUAAAAUAAUAGGUCUCAAUAUGAAAAACAUGAAAACACAAUAACAUCAAUAUGUAUAAAUGGUGUUUUUGUUGCAGCUUUUCUUAAAUUAAAAGGUUUUGAAUCUACUUAGAAAUGAUCCCAGAAGGUCGGUGUGGGCAUGUCACAGCUGCUUGUGGACUUUUCCUGUGACCUGAUAUGUAAAAUGUUUAAAUAGUUCAACCCAUAGUCUAAAUGAAUCUUUAAACAUAUGCUAAAAUGUUCUUUACACUCUAUUUCUAUUUGUAUUUAUACAUUGCACUGCACUUUAAAAUAGUACCUACGGUCUGGCUAUACCUGUACAAUCUAAUGCAAUUAAAUGCAGCGAACUGUUGAUGAAACAUAUGUAUUAAAUGUUUCACUAUACUUUCUGUUUA